AUGGCAUUUGUUACCUUUGUUUACAAUGUACUAACAACAAUAAAUUAUUAUGAUUUUUCAAACAGAGGAUUUGGAAGAAACUCUAAAAAGAAUAAGGUUCAGCCACCCACCGUGGGGAACAAUGCAUCACCACCGAUAAACAACGUGUACUCUAGCCCGCAUAAUAGCAGCUCAAAGCUUUCAUUACGAAGAACGCAUUCGCCGUCGAGGAAUUCUCAGCAUAGCUUCCCAACGUCACAACAACAGUCAAAUAAUGUGGGAGAAAAUAUACCCGAAAAAUCAGAGUCUCAGCAAGUAAUGUUCUUAAGUGAACCCUUUGUGAGAACGGCGCUUGUGAAGGGAUCAUUCAAGACAAUUGUACAACUUCCCAAAUAUGUCGAUGUGGGUGAAUGGAUAGCAUUAAACGUUUUCGAGCUCUUUACUAAUUUGAAUCAGUUCUAUGGAGUAAUAGCAGAGUACGUUUCACCAGAUGUUUACCCAACCAUGAAUGCUGGACCUCACACGGAUUACCUGUGGUUAGAUGCCAAUAAUAGGCAAGUCUCCUUACCAGCAAGCCAAUACAUAGAUCUGGCUUUAACGUGGAUCAACAACAAGGUUAAUGACAAAAAUUUAUUUCCUACCAAAAGUGGUUUACCAUUUCCUCAAGUUUUCUGGAGAGAUGUUCAGAGAAUUAUGGUACAAAUGUUCAGGAUCUUCGCACAUAUUUAUCAUCACCAUUUUGACAAAAUAGUUCAUCUUUCCCUUGAAGCACAUUGGAAUUCAUUUUUUGCACACUUUUUGAGUUUUUCCAAAGAGUUUAACGUCAUCGAGAGAAAAGAGAUGUAUCCGCUAUUACCUCUAAUAGAAAAUUUAGAAAGUCAGGGGAAAAUAAAUUAG